AUGGUGAAUCUAUCUCGUACUCUCGGCAGCGACAGAGUCAGAUUUUCGCGCGACACAAAGCUGUCUGACUACGAGAAACAGAGACGGUCAUCUGCUGCUAGCGACUUCUUGGAAGGAAGCUCGCGCGCGUCCACAGCAGCCCGUUCUGACAAACUCGAUCGGUACAGACCUCUCAGCACAUCCAGUUCGCGCGCACGAACCGGGUCGCCAAGGUCGAUUCUGCGCUCGAGCUCUCGGGACAGAAAAUCGUACGAGCUUUUGGGCGAGUCGCCGAUCCGCAGCAUUCCAAACGCCAGACGGUUCGAAACAGACGAUAUUCUCAGCUCUAUCAAGAAGAAACGGUAUCCUGUGCUGGACACCAAGUCGCGCGUGACCAAGGUGUCCAAACCUGCGUCCGCACGGCUUCACGACGGCCUGUUGGGCUCGCUCACGUCAAUCGGCUCCAAACUGCUGCAAUCCGUCCUGUACAGCGAAUCCAAGGAUAUUGCACAGCCCGAACCUGAGCCGGAAAGCGUGAGGGUGAGGUCCCUGGAGCGGCCUUUGGAGCGGUCAGUUUCUGUGGAACCCGUUUCGUACGGGAUUGAGCGCAAUAUAAACGACAAGUUCGAGAGUCUGGCCAGCAUGAUCCGCGAUCUGAAGACCGAGGAAAAGGACUCGGUGAUGGAUAAAUUGGCAGAGGUUAAGGGAGAGCUACUUAAUCUCCGCGCGACACAGGAACUGAUCAAUUCGCGGUUCGAAGAAAGAUACGAGGAGCUCAAGAUCGAGAACGAGCUCAACAAGCGCAAGUUCGAAAAAUUAUUCACUGAGCUGGAGUCCAAGCGCAACGAGCUUGAUAAGGAAAAAACAGAGUUCAUCAAGCUGCUACAAAAGGAGAACAGGAAAAGGUAUGUUGAAGACUCGGACGAGGAAGAAGUUUACAAGAAACGAAAGGUGGUGAAAGAGUCUGCGCGAGACAAAAUCGACAAGAUGCGCCAAAGAAACAAACUGAUGGCCCAUGACAUUUCUGAGAGCAUCUCUGAAGCUAAAAAGAUAAGUAGCAUGAUAUAA